AAAGAUUGCGGGUUUCUCAGUUAGAACGGACGAAAUUGAAAUUGAGAGUAGAAGUUGAAGAACGAACUUGUAACAGUUAUGAAUUUGAACAUCUGAUGAUAUAUCUGGGUUUUUAAACAGACUGCAGUUCAAUGUAGGCUUCAAAAGCCGUAUGGUUUUACGGAAAUUUAUUCACUACAACACUCGAUAUGAAUACCUGUGACGAUGAGAUAAGUGAACAGUUAUUUAAUAAGCGUUUUUGGAACACAUUUCGCUGUCAAUUAACGAUCCAUAUACCUCUUAAAUGCUGACAACAGGCUUUAGAAAGGCCUCAAAUUCACGCCCGUUAAUAACUACAGCAAUUAUUUUAUGGAUAUGUGUUAUUCUCUACUUAAGCUUCAAUUUCUUUAAUUUGGAAAAUAAUGAUCAGAAAAAUACAGCAUGUCAGUCAUUAUUAGAUGUUGUUAAUGGUUUAAAAACACGAGUUGAUAUUGGAUCAGAGAAUUUACAAUUAUUUCUCAAAUCAUAUGAUAGUCAUAGGAAUGCCAGUCCUGUCACAGAAGAUACUGAAAAGUCAGAUGGUAGACAUGGUAUGGCACAUGAAAUAUUACGUCGUCGAUCUUUGUAUUACGCUAAAGAGGUGAAAUAUAAUCUAGUUCAACUAGAUAUUAUCAAUGCAAAAAUAGGAAAACUUAAAGAUUCCUCCCCUAAAAAAUUAUCAACAUCAUUAAAUGAUGUAGAGAAUUCAGUGAAACGAAUUAAAAAUCAACUAUUGGAUAUUUCAUUGUAUUUACAAGUGGAUAUCGAUGGGAUAGGACGUGUGAAUCGUGCUUUAGAAUCACAAAUUAAUGGCUUACAUGAUUUAUCACAUCAAUUACAAAGUGAAUUGGUUAGAUUACAGAAUCCUAUAGACUGUAAAACUGCUAAAUAUGUGGUUGCAUCAUUGAAUCGACCUUGUGCUUUCGGUUGUAAUGCACAUCAUCUAAUGCAUUGUUUUCAAAUGGCUUAUGCAACUGGACGUACACUUGUUCUGUCUACAUCAAGUGGUGAUUCAUAUACAAACUGGUGGAUAGAUAAUUUUCUACCAUUAUCGAAUAAAUGCUCUGUAAAUGAUAUUUCAUCGACAAUUCAUAACUCUUUUAUUGAUCAGAAAGCGUUGGAUACUUAUCAAGCAGUCAGUUGUCCGUAUAUCAAUGAAAUAAGCUCUUUGUUUACUUGGAGUCCACCAGCAGUACCUUGGCACAUAAGUGAAAAGCUAUCACUUUUACACGGUACACCAUUCAUAUGGUUUACUGGUCAACUGGCGGCAUAUUUAAUGCGUCCAAAGUUUGAUUUGAAUGAAGAGAUGAAAAUGUUCAGUAAAAAUCGAUCUGAAUCACCUAUUGUUGGUAUUCAUAUUCGGCGCACUGAUAAAAUAAAUACAGAAGCUGCUUUUCACAGUUUAGAAGAAUAUAUGAAUGAGGUAGAGCGAUAUUUCCAAUUCAUAGACGCAAGACGUCAAAUGAUGUCGAGAACCGAAGAAUGGAAAGAUGAUAUAAAAUCACCAUUUCAUCAACGUAUUUACCAUCAAUUGGAACCAAUUCAACGACGAGUGUUUAUCGCCACAGACGAUCCGACUGUAUUUGAUGAAGCCAAGUCAAAGUAUAAAAACUACACAUUCUAUGGUGAUCGUAGACGUGCUAAUUCAGCAAAUGUCUUUAAACGACGCGAAAAAGAUUCAAUUAUGGGCAUAGUUGUUGAUAUCCUCUUGUUAUCAAAAACUGACUAUAUAGUUUGUACUUUUUCAUCACAAGUUUGUCGAUUAGCCUAUGAAUUAAUGCAAUCGAAUUAUUUGGAAUUUGGUGAUGCAAGUCAACAAUUUCAUUCAUUAGAUGAUAUUUACUAUUUUGGUGGUCAACAAUCAUCCCCAUAUGAAGUGAUUAUACCAGAUGAUGAAAAUAAUUUACAACUUGGUGAAUUAGUCCACUUUUAUGGAAAUCAUUGGAAUGGUUAUUCUAAAGUGGAAAAAUUGAAUUCAAAUCGUAGGAUAAUUGCACCAGCGUUUAAAUUCUCCCCAAGGAUAAUAACCGCCAAUAUGACUGGUGCACAUUGAGACAGAUAGAAUGUAUAGAGAAGAAGCAGAAGAUAUGACUGUUUACAAAUACUUUACUGUAUCUUUCUGUCGUCUAUCCUUACUUGUAGAAUGGAAAUUGUUUUUCUUCUUUUGAUACACAAUUGUUGUUUUUAUUUUAUAUUUUACAUGCUAUCUGAUUCAGACAUACAUGGUUUGCUUUGUUGAAUUGUAAAACUGAAGUCGACAGUAGUCCCCUUUCCUCUGACUGCCUCGUUUUUCUCACAGAAUACACGUGUGUGUGUGUGUGAGAGAGAGAGGAUAACAUGAAGAAAGGGUGAUUGUGUACUGCCUUGUCCUUUGAUUUAAUGACAGAAUAAGUGAGUCUUGUGUACAUUUCUUCUGCAUCUGAAUUCGAGAAUCAUGUACAUGUGUUGUAGAUGGAUUAAUUGUUUCGAUGAAAUUCCUUUGUCUUACAUUAAACUUAUACACAUGAACCCACCAUAGAAAGAAGUUUUAACUUAAUCAAUGACUGUUUUUAUCCUCAUUUAUUUGUUAACUUGUAUGUGAUUGGUCAUUGCUCAUUUUAUUGGCACUAUUAUUACCUUGGAUGAGAACAAUUUGGUUCUGUUGACGGUUGAAGUAGCCGUGACCUUUUGUAAGGAUAAGUUGAGCAGUACAUAGUGUAGUGUGUGUGUGUGUAUGUGUGUGCAUGUGUGUAUGAUAGAAACAAUUGAAGUUCUCCUUUUCUAUCUUCUCUAUCCUUUGUUACUUCAAAUUCACUUUUCCAGUUUGUUUUGCAUGGUAUGGGUUCACGCUUUCAUUCCUCUUCUUCUGUUGCUGCUGCCACCUCUACUUUUUAACAUGGUGUAUAUUGUAUGUAUGAAUUUGUUUCGCAGUUUUUUUAUUACUAUUUUGGUCAUUUGUGCAACACAUAACACAAGUGCGUCCCAUAGGUGUGAUUUUCUUAUUCAUUUAAAAGCAUAACACUUCUGCAUGGUCAGAUUGACCCUUUGCAUCGAAUCACUGAUGGUAUCUGUUCUAACUGGAUUCGAUAUAUGGGACUGGGCUAGUUUAUCUUAUUGGUCGCAAUAUUCAUCAAUUGCCUAUUUUAUUUUUAUUGAUUAAGGAUUGUCUCUUUACUUUUCUCUUUUCUCCCCUACGAUUUUGUAUAUUGUGCAUUGGUGUUGUUUUGUUUCUUAUGGUAUGUGUUGUACGCCUUUUCACUUUAUCUCUUAUAAAUCUUUUAAUUGUUGGCCUGUUUUUCUUUUCAAUAAAUUCUUUUCAGCACAC